ACUCCAGGAGAGAAACUAUACCAAAACUGUCUGAAAGUGUAAAAUAAACUAUAGAAAGUAGUACAACCUGCAAAAUGAACAAAGAAAAUGGACAAACCACUGAUGUCUAUGAAAAUGAUGACGAUAUAAAAGAAAAUGAUUGUAUGAGUAUCCGAUGCUCCAGAGCAGCUCUAGUGUGUUUGGGGCUGCUCUGUGUUCUUCUGGUGGCCGGAGUCAUAGUGCUGGGCUUCCUGUUCGCUCAAGAGAGACAACUAACCAACUAUAACACAGACGAGAGAAUCCAGCUGCUAACCAAGAUUACCAACUUAACUCAACUAAACGCACAGUUAAAUCAGGAGAAAAAUGGCCUGUCAAAAAAUCUUCAAGAAAGGGAUGGAUGGAUUUACUAUAAAUCCAGUCUUUACUUCAUUUCCUCUGAGACGAAGAGCUGGACUGAGAGCAGAAGAUACUGUACAGAAAGAGGAGCAGAUCUGAUCAUCAUAAACAACAGAGAUGAACAAGAUUUUGCUCUUUGGAAAAUAUCUGCUGGUGUUAAAUUGUGGAUUGGUCUGACUGACAAUGAUGUGGAGAACACAUGGAAAUGGGUUAAUGGCAGCACACUGACCUAUGGGUUCUGGGAAAUUACAGAGCCUAAUGGACAAGCAAGAGAGAACUGUGUCCUAACUUAUGGACAAGGAUGGGCUGAUUAUCCAUGCAAUGCUAUUUUUCAAUUUAUCUGUGAGAAGAUAAUUUUGAAUUAAGUCACUGAACAUCUCAGGUUUUAACCCUGUUCCCUGAAAAAGCGGGAACGAGAUGCUGCCCGAACAGUGCAAUGGGGAUUUUUUUUGUUUUUGUUUGACUGGUUGUGAAAACGUGUGGCAAAUACGGCAAGAAUUUGGCUUAAAAAUCAAUUUCAAAUUUAUUUUGUUUUAAAGAAUGUCAUAUUAAAAUAUCAUUCAAAUAGAUACAUAAUAUGCUAGCUAUGAAAGUAACAUUACAUUUCCAUGUGGAUGCGGCUGCAGACACUUCUCACUUUUUUUUCUUUUUUUUUUUACUCAGAACAAUCUAUGAAAACAAUCUAAGAAAAAAAAGUAUAUAUAUAAAUUACGUUAAGCACUUUAAUAAUGUCCAGAAACGUUUGAUGUCAGUUUAGUGACAACAUUUCUCUCUGACAUCCAUUAGUAUCGGACCCCUUGUGAAUGAGAAUGUGUUGAUUUUUAAAGGCUUAGUUCACUCAAAAAUAAAAAUGAUGUCAUUGAUGACUCACCCUCAUG